AUGUCUAACAGCACCUUCGACACCUCGAACCCGAACAUCUCGAUGACCACCGACACCACCGACACCACGGUCUGCGGCGACAACUCUUUCGAGGGCUCCCAGUCCUUCAACAAGGAGUUCUCGUACAUCAUCCGGCUGAUGCGUAUGGACGGUGCCGAGGCCACCCAGUACACCCCCACUCGCGACUCGCUGGCCAUGCCGUCCAUCCAUACCCCCAAGCCCUCAAUCACUUUCCUCAAGGACAACCUUGCGCGCAAUCUCGACCACAUCGCCAACGACAUCACCGGCCUCGCGUGUGACCUUGAGCGCCUUGCCGCCAUCAACCGCCUCCGCUUCUGGACCCACACCACCCAGGAGAACGACUACCGCUUCUUCAUUGAGGUGCUCCAGCUUUUCGUGGUGAAGAUGGACAAGAAGGUCAAGGCAUACCAGGCGACGUAUGGCACCGCCACGUCUGACCAAGGCCCCUUCUCGAAGCGCAUCAUUCGCCACCACCCGGUCGGGGUGCGGCGCUUCAUCAGCUGGGACGUCGCCGGCACUGCGGAGGGCCUUGCGGCUCGCGUGGAGUCGCUCCGCGAUGACAUGCUCGCGAUCCAGGACUGCGUUUACGCUGUCAUGGACGCCGAGGAGACCUGCAUGUAG